AUGGAACAAUCUGUGGAUGUUGUCAUUCGAUGCGGUGGAAAGUUUGUCACAUCGGCUCAUAAAUUGGUGCUUGCUGCUUAUAGUACCCAUUUCGAAGCUGCAUUAAUCGCAGUUCAGAAUUCAAAGCCAGUCACGUUGGAUAUAGAUCCAGAUAUUAUUGAUGUACAAAAGGACAGUUUGUUGGAAAUAAUAAUUUUCAUGUACACGGGUCGAUUUAAACGACCCAGUCGACUUACUGUUAAAUCAGUUCGUGAUUUGGGAUGCCAUUCAUUAGUCCAUUUACUGGAAAGUGAGGAAGCAAGGUCAUAUCCGGACUGUGUUUUAGAAGACUCGCUUCAUUCACAUCAAUUAUUACAAGCUGCCUUUCGUUUUUAUAAGUAUAACUCGAAAUUUACCGAUUGUAUUGUAAAUUAUCAGAAUACACCUGUAGCUCAGUGUCAUCGAUUAAUUCUUUGUGCAUAUAGUGAACACUUUGAAAUGGUUCUCAAAAAUGUAAAUCACAAUGGGAUUAUGAAUAUAAAUAUCGACCCCGUUGAUACAGGAAUAAGCAGUACUGAUUUGCGUAAUAUCAUCGAUUUUAUGUAUACUGGUUGCAUUAGAACAACGAUAAAACGUUGUCGUGUGCUUCGGCAGUCGGCUUUGGCACUAGAAGUAUUCUCUUUAGUAGAGGCGAUUGAUUAUGAACUUGGAGUAGAAGAUAAUUUAUCGAGAGUCGAAGACUACGAUAAUGAACAAUUGUCAGUAACUGAUAAAGAAUCAGUUGAUAAUGCUGUAGGAAUUAAUCAAUCCGAAAGUGAUGAAGCACUUUGUGAAAGACUUCAGUGGUUUGUGCAAAUGCAGUACCUAGCAACACUUCCCGAAAAAGAAUUGCUUCGAGGAAAUCAGAAUGGAGAACAAGGACUUCAAGAAGGAGAAUUCACUUCAUACUCUGAUAUAUAUAGUGCAUUUGUCUCAGGGCCCCGUCGUGGUAGAAAGGGAGGUUCUUAUGGUUCAACUCAAGAGUCCAUGCGGAUCAAAGGAUCCAAAGAAUUUUUUUCCAAUAUAGAAUCAGAUGUAUGUGGUGUCAAAACAGAACCUUUAAGUGUCAAUGGGCUCAAUAAUUCAGUAAAAGGAGAUUUGACUCCUGCUGUAACAUUAUCAUUCACACCUUCGGGUAAAAGAUAUCGAAUGUUUGAUAGUUUUGGUUAUGGUUUACCAGAAAUUUUGGGAUCAAAAGAAAUCACAGUGCCUUUACUUGUAGGCGACCAACAAGUUAUGAUGGAAAAGCCAUUCAAAUGUCCUUUCUGUGAUCACAGAACGAAAGAAAAAAGUGCUGUUGACAAGCACAUCAGAUGUAAACAUACUCUUGAAACUCCGUAUAAGUGCCCCUAUUGCAAUCAAGGAUUCAAAGUGCAAAGUAAUCUGGUUCGUCACAUUCGUGCGCAUACUGGUGAAAAGCCUUAUACUUGUAAAAAGUGUGGAACAACUUAUGCGGAUAAGAAAAAUAUGGAUGCACAUGUGUUUCGUCAACACCUGAAAAUGAAACCAAUAUCUUGUCCAGUAGCUGGAUGUCUCGCAAAAUUCUGGCGUCGUGAUCGUCUUGAUCUUCACUGUAAAAAAACACAUGGAUGUGAUUCUUUUUAUCCAAAUCUUGGUCGGAUGUCGGAUAAAGAUGUGGAACAGCAUAUUCAAAUGAAUGUUGUAUGGGCGAAAUUGCCCGAAGAUAUACGAAUCGUUUUGGGAAACUCGCAAAGGGAAUAUGAUAAACUUAUUCUUGAAUACUCGAUUAAGAAUCAACUUCGUUACAAAGGCAAUAUCGUACGUUAUGUUAAAAAGAGUGAAGAAAUGUAUUAUGAUAUUUUACUGAAAUACAGCGAGACUCAUUUAAUGCUUUAUCCUUAUCAUUUAUCUGAUAUCGUUGUACGUGAACUCCGAAUGACUCCUUUCAACUAUUAUAUCAAUAUUAUCAUGGAUUUAAUCAACGCUGAAAGAAGUUAUGAUUCUCUGCCAAAUUUUGCUGCAGCUGAUGCUAUGCGCCUGUUGGGUAUCGGAAGGAAUCAAUAUAUCGAAUUGAUGAAUCAGAGUCGUGGUACCCGAAAAAUAUUUAGAAAGUCAAAAUCACUUAGGGAAAUGUUACCAAUGAAACCGGUAACAAUAUCAAUCGAGCCGUGGUGGAUUCUUUGUCCUGGAAGUGUUCUUGAAAGUGACAUCAAGUUUUUAUCAAAAGAUGAAAAGGAUAUUUUGGAUAUGUUACUCGAUGAAGGACCGCAAUUGGUCGCUACUCUUGAUGCGAAUCUUGUGCAAAAGUUAUAUCAUCGUGGUCUUGCUUAUCUCGAUGUUCCAAUAAAAGAUAGCGAUUACAUUUUCGUGCCAACGUUGGAUGGCUUCGUAAUGAAUCGAGUAAUUGGUGAUUAUUUUGAAAAUCUGCUUUAUCAAAUCUUUGUGGCAAUUGAUGAACAGUCUACUGUUGCUGAACUUUCCGAAACGCUUAAUAUCGAUUUACAACUGGUAAAAAAUGCUGUUUCUGUGUUUUGUAGAUUAGGAUUUGCUAAAAAACGAGUGACAGGUUUAGAAAAUCUUGCAUUACACUCAACUUGGGCGAGUUACAUGGUUGUUACUGAAGCUGGAUUGGAAGAUACUUCGACAACUACGAUAACCACUGAACUUUCAGAAUUGUCCACAUCAUUUGUGAAUUCAGGUGUUGUGGAAGAUGAUGAUGAUGCUGAUUUCAACCCAGUUGAAAGUGCUAAUUCUGUUGAUUUACCUUCCAAUAUUUCACCCGUCUCUAAUUCUUCAGCAGUUAUUCCAACUCCAGCUGCCACUUCGGAUGGGUCAAAGCGUAUUGCAUUUUUUUUUGAUUCGUCCUUAACUGCUUUUCUGAUGAUGGGAAAUCUGUCUCCAUCGCUAAAAAACCAUGCUGUUACACUUUUUGAAGUUGGUAAAUUAAGCGAUGAAUCGCUGGAAAAUUUUACGGAUGAACUUCAGAAUAUAAAUCAUUUUGUGGAAGGAGAGGCACAAAGAUAUUCACAGCAUGCUCAAACUCUUUUGUUAACAAUUCGCUCUCUUCGCGAUAAAAAUGAACUUGAUUUGAUUAGAGGUGAAAGCUUGUUAUCACUGGAUCACGCCACUCGAUUACGCCUUAUUAAUCGUGCUUAUAGAUUCGUUGUAUCAAUGGCACCGAUGAACAGUGAAGCAUGUCCUCUUUCGUUACCAUCUGUUGCUCAUUUUGGACCUGCAGUUCCCGAGGUAGCUUCAUGUUGGUUUCGCCUUUAUUUGUAUAAUAUCCUCAGUGAUGGGCCAAUAUCGAUGUAUAUUCCAAAGGGAAGGCGAAUAACGGAGUUGCCUAGAUCAUUCUGGAAAUCUCGACGGUUAUUGUUGACGACGUCCGCUCAUGAUCCUAUAAUCGUAUCUUCAUACAAUUGUUUGGUUCCACUUAAUGAUACAUUAAAAACCCAUGCUGUUUUCCUUCAGGAAUAUAGCGUUACAACGAAUGAUUUGGAAAUUGUGAAUGUACCAUUCCCCUUUGAAAAUUCACCUGAUGGAGAAAAAAAUGAUUUCGUCGAUCAUCCUUCAGUUUGUUUGCUGGCAGAAAAACUUAGUUUGCAAGAGAAUUGUGGUUACAUCGUCCUCCUUUUGAAGAAAAUGUCUAAUGAUAUGGAAUCCAUUCUUUCAAUGAAUAAUUCAAUUAUCAGUAAGGAUCCGAGGAAAAUUUGUGCAUAUCGAACCAAGUUAUAUUCGAAUGAGUCUCUAUCCGAUUUUGUAGUUUUCGAUUGUAUUUUUGGAAUACCACUUUUUGAUGAAAAGUUAAACAGGAUUAUUUGUGAUCGGAUAAAAAGUUGUGCUCUAUUUGAUCAAAACCGGUCAACUAUUGUACAGUUCGCGAACCACGGUUUGACAAUGUCAUUGCGGGAGAUGAUUGAUAAUUUUCAAGAUUAUGACGAUAUUAAACCAAUAUUUGCCAAAGAAAAUGAUCCUUGUUAUCAUCCUCCUAUACAAACAUUGCUUUUUAAUGGAAGAAAAACAGUGGUAGUGCCUGAUUAA